AUGGCUUCGCUGCAAACUGUCCGGCGCUGGAUCAUGACCGGUGCCGUCGCCUCGAUCACUAUUACCGGGACCAUGUACGGAGCUGGGCUGAAAGGGCAACGGGAUGUCAAGCAGGAGAGAACACGCCUGCAGGAAACGUCACCGGAAGAAAUGAUCGCUCAACUCGAAGUCGCACGCGCCGAUCUGGUUAUCAAGAAAAAUGAGAUGGAAAGGAAAAUCAACAAUUUCACGCAACGUCAUCUUGGGAAGGGGCAGGAUGGGUCGAGAUGA